AGCUACACCACACCGGGGCUGAGGAGUGGGAGACGAAGAGCAAUCAGCACCACCAGGAAAAAAAUUACCAGGAGCGAUAAAAAAAAAAAAAUGUACGGACUGCAGGGGAACAUCUGACUGACAGUGUUGGGGCAUUUAGAAGGCGACGUUUUUGUCCCCAUCUCGAUACAUGAACGUCUUCUGUCAGGCAGAGCUUUCUGGUUUUUGGCCAGUUGGCUGCAAUUCCAGGGAUGUCUAGCUAAGCUAACCUAGCUAGCUAACAAUUAGCCUGCCCAUUUAGCUUACACUGGUCACUGGGUGCAACAGGAUACCUGCUCUGAACGUGAUACUAAAGCAUUGUUUUUCAGCUGGAUUGAUACAGGAUCUACUAUUCGUCGAGUGCUAGAGACAACGGGGAUAUUGUUUCUGUUUGCUCCGUAGAUGGACAGUUUAACGGUGCGCUCAUUGUCGCUACGCGGGCGUACAGUGAUGGUUUCGGGGCGGCUAGCCUUCUACUCGGCCGGGCGACCAGCGGAGGGAUUGUACAAAUGUGGCAGCCAGUAGUGUCCCACUGUCUCUGGGACUUAAGUUGGUAGUUUUGAAAUAAAUUCCUGCUUAUAUAUUUUUGGAUGAGUGUUAGAUUUGCUGGCUAAGGAUUAAAAAAGUAUUGGCACGUUGAACAUUCAUCAACUUGUUAGCUUGGUCCUUAGCUUACAAGCUAGUUUCCCAAACUAAAUCCAGCUGUUUUUUUUGGGAAAGUGCAUCAAGUAUUUUUUCACACCUCUGUAGUCAUCUGAGAUGUUUGCAGACAUGUUGCAUUGCAUAUUUUCUGUGAUCCGCUGUCAGCUCCUGUAACCUGAGGAUUUGCACAAGACUUUGAGUAAGCUGUCAAAAUAUUUUGACACUUGACAGCAGUUCUUACCCUGAAGAAAGGAAGGCCGGAUUCUGCAGCAAGCUCAAUUAUCGGCGUUUUUGGAUAUUACUUGUUGAGUGUUGGACAUAUUUUUGAUCUUCGCUGUGAGGUGUAGCCCGGCGCCCCUUGUCAGACGGGCUUUUCAGCUCAUGCGGUGAUGACUUUAGACUCCAUGAUGGCUUGUUGCCUGAGUGAGGAGGCGAAGGAGUCCAAGCGAAUCAACGCUGAGAUCGAGAAACAACUCCGGCGAGACAAGAGGGAUGCGAGGAGGGAGCUGAAGCUGCUUCUGCUGGGUACUGGAGAGAGUGGCAAGAGCACCUUCAUCAAGCAGAUGAGAAUAAUCCACGGGUCAGGAUACACAGAUGAGGACAAGAAGGGCUUCACCAAACUGGUCUACCAGAACAUCUUCACCUCAAUGCAGGCCAUGAUCCGGGCCACGGAGAACCUCAAGAUCCCGUACAAGUACGAGCAGAACAAGAGUAAUGCCCUGGUGGUGCGUGAGGUGGACGUGGAGAAGGUCUCCUCAUUCGAGCAUCCGUACACCAAUGCGAUAAAGAUGCUGUGGACUGACCCUGGCAUCCAGGAGGCCUACGACCGCAGGAGAGAGUACCAGCUCUCAGACUCUACCAAAUACUAUCUAAGUGAUCUGGAUCGUAUUGCUGAACCGUGCUAUCUACCGACCCAACAGGACGUGCUUAGGGUUCGAAUCCCAACCACUGGGAUCAUAGAAUACCCUUUCGACUUGCAAAGCAUCAUUUUCAGGAUGGUGGAUGUGGGGGGUCAGAGGUCAGAGAGGAGGAAGUGGAUCCAUUGCUUUGAGAACGUCACCUCCAUCAUGUUUCUGGUGGCGCUCAGCGAGUACGACCAGGUCCUGGUGGAGUCCGACAACGAGAAUCGUAUGGAGGAGAGUAAAGCUCUGUUCAGGACCAUCAUCACAUAUCCGUGGUUCCAAAACUCCUCCGUCAUCCUCUUCCUCAACAAGAAGGACCUGCUGGAGGAGAAGAUCAUGUACUCGCACCUGGUCGACUACUUCCCAGAGUUUGAUGGUCCUCAGCGGGACGCCCAGGCGGGCCGGGAGUUCAUCCUGAAGAUGUUUGUGGACUUGAACCCCGACAGCGACAAGAUCAUCUACUCCCAUUUCACCUGCGCCACCGACACGGAGAACAUCCGCUUCGUCUUCGCCGCCGUCAAAGACACCAUCCUGCAGCUCAACCUCAAAGAAUACAACCUGGUGUGAGGAGAGAAAGAGAGCGAAAGAAAGAGACCUGCAGCCCCCCCCCCCACCACACACACACACACACACACACACAGACACACUGCAGUCCACUUCUACAGACACACACAUCUGCAUGAAACACACUUCAAUCCAGCAGACCAACACUUCCCAUGUCCUGUCCCUACUUUCAAAUUUUGUAUCAGUCCGUUUUGUGGUUCUGCUUGUACAAACACAAACACAACACCCCCCCCCAUUUGUCCCUUUUUGGGUUUCUCCUGGACAUGGCUCCCAUUAUUCCUUUUACACUACAUGAUCACCAGUGUGUGUGUGUUGCAGGCGGGUCGAGGCUUCUCUUGGUCGAUUUUAUGGAACAAGGGCUCUCUCCCCUUCUUCUUAUUUAACCCGUGCAUGUUAUACAUUACAGCAGGGGGCCCGGCUGCAGACCCUGGGUAACUAAUUACGAUGAUAGGAAUAUAUUAUCACGCAGCGCGGGGGUGCAGUGAGGUACUUGCUUUUCCCGGGUCUUGAUUUCUUUCAUUUUCGCCCCAAAAUCCGAGCUCAGAAGCUCUGUUGAAUGUAAAUAAAGUUGUCGUGCUGCUCACACAGUGAGGGCUGCACAGAGACAAUCCUCUGUACACUUUUCAGCUACUUCUUGGUGAUAUUAUAUCUGCUUUCCUGCAAUUAAAUUGAAAUGACUACUCAAAGAUAUACUCCAUUCACACGGCCACUCGUUUUAAACAUGCAUUACAAGACACAGAAUUAACACCACCGGUAUUCACAUACUGUAUAUCAUCGGCAAAUGAAACACCUCCUUUUUGUUUCUGUAAAUAUAACUGCCAGUGUCCUGUUCGUCCUUUAAGCGGUUCAGAUUCUAACACAAUUUGGAAACUGGCAUUGCCAAAAUGAAGUGCUUGAAUAAUGAAUAUGUAGACGGCAUAACGGCUCACUUUGUGUGGCAUUUUUUUUUACGUCGACUGUUGUCUGAAUCACACAUGUAUUAGUACUGUAAUUUAUUUUCUAUGUUCCCUUUGAUGGUGAGAAUAAUCUUCCUGUGCACAACGAGCGAAUGAUGACACCCGAUCAGUGCAGUGCGAUAUAGUCUGUCGUAGAUGAAAUAACACGCUGACACUUAAAUCACCAGUUGGUCUUGAUCGUGCUUUUCCUCCUUUUAUUUCACCAUAUUAUUCAGCCACCAUUUGAUAACGGAUAGCAAGAGAGUAAAUAGUUCUUUUUUGUACGUCUAAUUUAUCAGAUCCAUGUGUUGUCGGGACAGUCAAUGAGACUUCUCCCUAGUUUCAGCUUUUUCCCACCCAGGAGACGGGAGGAGAUUUUAUACUGCUGUAAAAUAUCCAAAGUAUUUUAUGGACAAGUGUUCUAUCUUUGUAACGACACUUCAUAUGUUCAGUUGUUGCAGUUCUGUUUGGAAACGCUUGACAAUGGGGGGGAAAAGAAACACUGUUUCCAUGUCGGGUUUGUGCUUUAUGUGAACAGGAAAAGGAAAGAUAGAGACGUUAGAUAUUUACCGCUCAAGAUGCUCGUUUGUUUUUUUGGGGUAAUUCUUACGGAUAUGUGUUGGCUUAUUGGUUCCAUUCCCAUAUCGUGUCUCUUGCCUGGUCGUUGUUCUAAUAUUUCCAUUGCGCUGUUAGAUGGCUAUUUUUUUUGUCUUCACAAUGUCAUUCAGGUAAGUUUUCAUCACAAGGGCUACUACUAGCAGCUUUGGUAGAAAUGAAAGGACUCUAUGGACGGCAUAGAGCAAAAGGUGCAAUUAACUAUAAUUAACGAGGGGCUUUAAAUGAAGAGUGUGUGGUGACGGGAGCAGGUUCAGUGAAGAGUGGAGGGGGGGGGGGGGGGUGCAGCAGUCCUUUGUUUGCUAUCUUUUUGGCUAUUUAGAGGAGAAGUAGGGUUUCCCAAGGUGCAACAGCACAUCCUGCCUAAUCUAACCAUCCUCUCACACUAACAUGAUUUAUGUGCAGAUUUUCUUGGCUUUCUAAUAUUUUCCACUAUGUGGCAUGUCUUCUCAUUUGUAGUAUUUCCAUGUUUGGUUGAAGGGCAGUGUUUUUUGUGAGUGGAAAGGAUCAGAUUUAAAAAAGAAAUGAUUACAGAUCCAUCCGUACCCCCUCUGUGUUUCUUAAAUUGUUUGCCAAAAGGUUUACAAAAGAAUAUAGAUCUUAUUUUCUACAGAAAAGCAGUAUGAUCCGAGGAGUUUUAGAGGACUUCACUCACCCGGUGUAUUGCUUAUGAUUGAUUUGAGUCCCGUGCACGCAGUGAGAGGAAUCUUCUGUGGUGCAGAUGUGUUAAUCAUUUUGAAAAAUCUUGUUAGGACACAUUAAUGAAGAAAGGAUGUUUAUGCUAAGUGCCAUUCGAUGAAUUGAAACGAUGUUGGAGAGGUUUGCAGAGCUCUGAUGCGACGUGAAGUUCUGAUGAGAUCUUGUUUUUCCAGCUUGUAUUUGUAGUGGGAUAAUCUUCGGUGCUUCAGCCGACAUUUAAACGCCUUUCUUGUCCAGUUUGACUCUUCUCGCACUUCCUCGCUGACAGACGGUCCUCUUGUGGGUGUCUCACCUUUUUAGUUUGAACUAAAGAGCUAGUGCUUUUUGGUCGGUGAAUUAAUUCAGCUGACGGACUGAGUUUUGACAGGAAUAUGGGGUUGUGCUUCACUCCUGGGAUGUGUUUUUAAAACCCUCAGCUUGGCUUUCAGGUGUGUGUUUCCUCUUGUACAUGACAUUUUACAACAAAUGGAUUUGAAUGGACUGCUAUGAGAGCGAUAAACAAAGUGAAGGUGACCACUACGGGGACCAGUGUUGGCAGGGUGUCGUACUCUUUAAAACACUUUGUUGCAUCAAUUUAAAAAACUUUUGACAAAGAAAACGUCGCCUUUUUACGCGAUAGGAGCAGAGCUGGGUCAUUUAUUUGAAAUCCUUUCCAUUGACUUCCAUGGAUUUGCUUUAAUCUGCAUUCAUUCAGCAAACCUUAAUCGAUUAUUUGGCAACUAUUAGUAACUAACCAACUGUUCUGAUGAUUGAGUAGUCUGAGUUAUUGUUUUACAAAAAAAGUCAAAAGUCUUGUUCUCAAACGUCUUGAACGUUAACAUCUUCUGGUUCCUUUACUUAACAUUUGAAUUUCUUUGAGAUGUGGACAAAAUAAGACCUUUGAGGAGAUCAUCUCGGGCUUCGGGAAACAUUUUUCAAUUCAUUGUUUUCCUUUCUGACAUUUAAUAAACCAAACAACUAAUUCAUUCAUCCAGAGAAUAAACAUGAUAUUUAGUUGCAUCCCAGUUCUGAAUUAUUUAGAAGGUUUCUCACAAAAUGAAGUACAAAGCAGAGUGCCAAACAAACAUCCGCCACAGAAAAGAUAUGAAAAAUUCCUACUUCACUUUUACAUUUUGUGUCUUUUUAUUUUGCAAUUGAAGCUUGUGCGUUGAGCCUCAGUAUUACUGUAUUUAUUGAAAGACUUGCCAUGUGAAGGUACAGAAAUGACCGUUAUGUAAUAUUUUGAUGGUUAUAAUCGGUAGAAUGAAUACUCUGUGUGUUUACAUGUCUGCCAUUCUCCGCUGUCCUCUCCUUUUCCCCGCUUUACUUUAUUGGACUGUGUAUCUUUCCCCGGGUCGAAGGCACUGAAGCUGCACCGCUGCGAUGGGCCUGCAUUCAUGCAACUUAGACGUCCGUUAAAGCGCUCGUUGGUACUCUGGUGUGUGUGUGUGUGUGUGUGUGUGUGUGUGUGUGUGUGUGUGUGUGUGUGUGUGUGUGUGUGUGUGUGUGUGUGUGUGUGUGUGUGUGUGUGUGUGUGUGUGUGUGUGUGUGUGUGUGUGUGUGUGUGUGUGUGUGUGUGUGUGUGUGUGUGUGUGUGUGUGUGUGUGUGUGUGUGUGUGUGUACACUUUUGAUGGCUAUUGCUUAAGCUUGAGAUCCAUUCUGAUUAGAGGGAUGGACAUACGGUGAUAUUAAAAAGCUAUCUUUGCAUCUUUUUGUUUCUUUUGUAAGGUUGACACAGCUUCACACGUGUAUUUAGGACCACUUAAGAUGACAGACUUUUUUAAAAGAGUAAAAAAUAAACUUUGUGUAGUGGUGUACAAAUUGAAAGUAAUGUAUUUUUGUUUGAUUUUUUUUUUUCUUCUUCUUUCUCUCUUUUUUUUUUUAAGUAUACCAAAUGUAAAUUAUGUACAAUGAGUGUGCCAAUCCCCUUUCUUUGUAAAGCCAGACUCUUAAGUGCCAAUGUUGUGAAAAAUCAAAGGGCCGGUGAAUUUCAUGGUCCAGUUUUUAAAACAAAUAAACACACGUGAUUAAUUAACUAAAAAAAAAGGACAAUUUUAUUCUAUAUUUAAGAUUAAUGAUGAACUGCUGUUUUUAAAAUAAAUGUCAUUUUAUUGCAUGUGUUUGUCAGGUUGGGGGGGGAGUGGGAGGGUGAGAUACUGUAUUCAUGCAACGCCCUCAUGAAAAAGGGUCCUAAUGGUUUUUGAUUUACAGUAUUUUAGCCAUAUUUCUCUUUUGUAUGUUUCAUUUCAACCACUGUUGCCUGAACCUCAUUCAAACAUGAAAAUGAUUUUCAUAGCCUUCUCCUUUAAAUGUUUUAAAUUGGAAUAAAAUAUGUUCCUAUACUCUC